UUAAAUGGUUUUACAUAUAUAGAGUAGCACUGGAGUGCCGUGCAGCAUUUCCACACGUUGAGCUUUUACUGCCUCUACUGCUUGGAUUCUCCUGGUUCCUGGAAACCAUCGUCUGCAUCUCCUGCACAACUUCUGACUCUAACAGAAUGAAGGUCAUCAUUAUAACAUUGUGCCUGAUUGGAUCAGUUCUUGCCAGCCCAAUUUUUCACAAUGUCCUGGAUUCAAGUGAACUUGACUCUAACUCUACUGAAACUGUGUAUUUGUCCAUUUCACAAUCCUCUGAAAACAGCACCUCAGAGAGUUCUGAGGAAAACCGCUUCAAUCAAACUUUAGUAUCUGAAUCAAGUGAAUCGACUGAAUCAAGUGAAUCAACUGAGUCACCUGAAUCACCUGAAUCACCUGAAUCACCUGAAUCACCUGAAUCACCUGAAUCAAUUGAAUCAAAUGAAUCAAAUGACUCAUCUGAAUCCAAUGAGUCAACUUCAGAGGACAAGACCUCAGAGGAGAGUGAUAGUCAAUCAGACGAGUCUAAUGGGAUGGACUCAAUGGCUGAAACCAGAGAUAACAGCAUGGGCAGUGAGGAGAACGUUCGAAAGCGUAAUUGGAUGAGAGUCCUUGCAGGUACAGUCAAAGUCUUGAGCGCAGAGGACAACACAAGCAUGGAGGUUCAAGGUCAACACCAGAGCGACGAGAUGACUUUGACUCACACUUUUACUGGUGCCGAGACCAUUCGGAGCACUCUAGUGGACGACACCACAGACAGCAGUGAUACCACCAGCGACAGCACAGACAGCAGUGACAGUUCUGAUGUUACGGCUGCCCCCAGCGAUGGAAGCGAAACCACCAGCAGUGAAAGCCUGGAGAGUCCAGAGACCAGCGACAGCAGCAACAGCAGCGAGAGCACAGAGGACAGCGACGGCAGCGACAGCAACGGCAGCGACAGCACAGAGAUGGGACGGGUCAUAGACUGUGCAAACGCCACACAGAGCUGUGAAAGCGAUGAGAAUUUCCUACAGGGUGUAGGAGAUGAUGCUCACUUCUCACUGGAUCAUCUGAUGGUGCCAGAUGAAGAUAACAUGGAGUUAAGGCUAAGAAGAUGAUGACAUGUGCAUGUGCAGAUUCAUUUUUUUCCUUUGUGAGCACUAUUAUUUGUCAGUUUGAAAACUUAGAGCGUGGCUUUUGCCCAUCACUUCUGAACAUUUAUUUUAGCAUUAUGCUACCUGCAGGAAAUUGAUUUUAAUGUUUGAAAAUUACUGUGCUAAUAGUAUGGCAAAAGCAUUAAUUUAAUGUUGAUAAUAACAAUAAUAUUAAUACAAAUAACUAUAGUUAUAUAAUUUAUAGCCCUUUGGGGAUUCAUGAAGUAUUUUGAAUUGAAUUGAUGUAUAAUCAUAGAAUUCAGAGGUAGUAAAUAAUUAGACAGGAGCACAUACUUGUACAGUAUUAAGAUAUUAGUAGAGGAUAUAUUCAUGUAAUUUUAUACUUGUCCAAUAAACCUUUAAGGUAAAUGUUGUGUUGGUU